GCCCUCCUGGCUCGGGCUCUUCGAGCCCGACUUCGUCUCCCCGACAUGGCCCGCGAUCCGGCGCCUUUUACCCGGUGACUGCUGCCCCAGGGCCCUAGCUCAUUGCCGGCCACCCUUGAUCAGGCGGGCUCAGGGGCCAUCCCCGGGAGGCCACAGUGGGUCCUCCGCUCCUGCCCUGCCCCUUGGCUGGUGUCUAUGAUGCGGCGGCUCUGGGCCCUGGCUCUGCCUGUGGGGCUCACGGGCCCCGCUCGUUGGGCUGGGCCACGCUGGGGAGUUUAUAGGGACUCCGGCGGCGUGGUGGCUCACCCAGGCGCGAGGGCUGACUAACGUGCUGACACAGGGCGCAGGACUUUACAGGCCACAGGCCUCGUUGGCCAGACUGGGAGGGAGACUGAGAAACUGGCGGAGGUGACUCGGCAACCAGAUCGCAGGCUGUGUGUAGCGAGUCUGGUCCUGCCCUGGGCGGGCAACAGUGCCUCCGCCCCCCACCACCCACCCCUGCCCCCGCCCCACCCCUGGUCCAGCUCAGGGCCGGCCGGCCGGGCCGGGCCCGGAGCUGCAUCCCAGCCUGACCACAGAGAGUCCCAACCCAACUGGCAUGGGAGGCUCCAGAUCACACUGAGCACCCUGGCACCCCCCCCCCACCCCCCAGCCGGCCAGAGGGGCCACACAGGGGCGCACGCUUGCCUGGGAUGCUCUGUGGAGGUGACAGAGCUGUUCGCCCAGAGUGGUGGCCUCUUGGGGGGGGGGGGGUGCUGGCACUCAGUGGGGGCUGACUGGAGAGGUGGGGCCUUGAAAGGCAUUUUGUGGACUGACAUGGGGUAGUAAGCAAGUCCAUCCUGCCCUGGGGUGGGGCCGUGGCUCUGGAAGCCUCGCGCUUGGGGGUCCAGCUACCCUGCCCACAGAAGCAAAGGCCUUUGGAUCCCCAGGGACGGACCUUGGCUGGUGGGGGGGUGCACAGGGCCGGAGGAGUGCUGGCGUCCCCCUGGGCUUCCUGUUGGGAGGAGGCCCCAGACGGCCUCCUCCCCAGCCCUCCUCCCCAGCGUUUCCCCAGCCUGGGGCCGCUGACUCACACCCACGCCCAGGGCCCCAUCCCAGCCGGCUCUGCCACACUGGCUUGACCGGUUUGCCUCGCCCAGCCCUGCUGGGAGCACCCUCUUCGUCCUCCCGCUCGGCCCUCGCCCCUGAAGCUUCGGGGGAGCACAGGCGGACACACAGGGAGUAGGGCCCGCGCGACCUACGCGGCACCAGAUGCGGGCGGCCCUAGGGGUGGAGCAAACAGCGGCUCCUCCUCCCGGAGGCUUCGCAGCACCUGGGCUCGCGGGAGCUGGGGCCUCGGGACCCAGGUGCAGGGGCGGCCCUGCCUGCCGGGCUCACCGGCGCCCCCGCGCGGCAACCCCAGGGGCGAUGCUCUGCUUUCCGUGGAGGGCUGGCCCCCGGGGUGGGCGCUCCUUAACGGCGGGAGGCAACUUGCUUAGCCAGGAGGGAAGCCGGGAGCGCACCGCCAGCCGCCAGGGCAGAGGGAGACCGGCCCGCAGGCCGAGGCCCCCGCAGGUUCAACGACCUAGUUGUGGUGCGCCUGAUGCCAGAGGUCCGUUUCCCGGGCCCGCCGCGGAGGAUCGAGCGGCCACGAUCAUCCAGUGUGCGUUCCGGCAGCUCCCGGCCCGAAGGGCCCUGGCCCGCCGCCGGCAGGAGCACCGCAACUACCUGCAGCGCGUUGAAGGGCUGGAGAGGGAGGCCUUCGUGGCCCUGGUGCGGAGGGAGCAGGAGGCAGCGCGAAGGCGGCGGGAGGCGGAGGAGGCGGCCGAGCGGCGGCGCGGGGCGCGGCUGCGGGAGGCGGCCUUCGCCGGGGACCUGGGCGAGAUCAAGGCGGUCCUGCGGGAGGUGGACGAGCUGCUGACUCGCGAGGGCGUGGGCCACGACCAGGCGGGGUUGGCGCUGCGGCGGCGGGGGCGCGUGGCCCUGGUGGAGAGCGAGGACCGCGGCGGGAACACGCCGCUCGAGGCGGCGGCCGGCGGGCAGGCCCUGGCCAUCCGGCUGCUGGCGGAGCAGGGCGCCAGCCCCAACAGCAAGGGCGCCUACGGCCGGACGCCGCUGUACCGGGCGGCCUUCGGGGGGCACCUGGAGGCUGUGGAGGCGCUCCUGGAGCUCGGAGCGGACCCCCGGGUGUACGCAGAAGACGGUAGCACCCCCGAGCAGGUGGCCUCCCUGGACGCCGUGGUUAGUGUGCUGAGGUCCUGGGACCUAGGCCUCACUGAGGCCAUGCUGCAGAGCAUGGAGGCCGAGCGGCAGCGCCGGGCCCGGGAGGCCGAGCGACAGGAGGAGGCACAGGGACAGGAGGAGGCACAGGCCGAGCGGUGCGGCCGGGGGAGGGUGGGGGUGGCGGCAAGGGGCGGCUCUGAGCGGGCUGUCCCCUCCCCCACCAGCCUGAAGUCCCGAGUGCAGCAGCUGGCUAAGGAAGGGCGGCUGCGCCACAGAGAGCUGCAGCAGGCCUACUGUGAGCUCAACCAGAGGAUCACGGAGCACGACAAGUGUGAAGGGAGGCGCCUGGGCCGCACUGAGCUCACGCUGCAGGCCAUCAAGGACGCGGAGGCCCAAGUGGACAGGCUACGUCUGGAGGCCCAGAAGGCGGAGGAGACGCUGGCCAUGGCCAGGCUGGAGCUGCGGGAGCAGACCCAGGAGGGGGAGGAGGAGGAGGAGGAGGAGGAGGAGGAGGAGGCGGCAGCGGCGGCGCCGGGGCUGAAAUGCCAGGUCACUGAGCUGCACGACGUACUAAUGAAGGAUGUGGGCGACCGCAUCCGCGCGGAUGGCAGGUGGCCUCUUGUCAUCGACCCUUCGGGCCAGGCAGCCACCUUCCUGCGCUACCAGGACACCAACUACGUGGACGCGGUGAACCCGGACCACUUGCGGCCGGAGAGGAUCCGGCUGGCGCUGCUGGGGGCGCUCAGGUACGGGAAGCCGCUGGUGUUCGACCUGCGCGACGUGGACCUGUUCCCCGCCGUGCGGCAGCAGCUGGAGGCGGUGCAGCCCGGCCUGGCGCAGGAGCUGCUGGGCCGCGGGCUCCUGGAGCGGGAGCGGUACCUGUCGCUGGUGCGGCCCGCCGACGGCCCCGAGUACGUCGCCGGGUUCCAGGAGGCGCGCCGGCGGCACUUCCGCCUUCUCUUCGUCACCAGGGCUCAGCGGCCGUCGGAGGAGCAGCUGCGGGUGCUGCUCCCGGUGCGCGUGCGCGUGCAGCUGCCCCGCGGGGGCCUCUAGCGCCCGGCCCAAUAAAGUCGGCCCCGGGAUGCGGGGCCGUGACCCCCAGGACCGUACCUGCCUCCCACUGUGUGCACGCCACCCCGUGUGGGGAGUGGGGCGGGGUGUGCGUGGGGGCCCCGGAUGGAGGGCACGCUGCUCCCGGGUGCACGGGA